ACUCACUUCAGUUCUUUGAGAUCGGGCUAAAGGAUAACAAUUUAUAGAUUUUUUUUUCUAUUUUUAAAAAGCAUUAGCACAGAUGGUAACGAAAAUAGUGACUUAGCGCAAAUGUGUUAUUAAGGUUAUAUUAAUAUCUGGUGUCGAAAAUAAUUAUAAAAAUGUGAAAUACGAAAAAAAUAUGAGAUUAGUAAUAAUAAGACGAAAAAAGUGUUCCACGUCUUCAUUUAUUCAUAUACAGUGAUGUGAUUAUAGAUUGAAUGUGUGUAGGAGGGAGAUUUUUCGGUUUUUUGGCGUGUAUUGAUGAUGGGGAGACUCAGUAAAAGUACACCAUCUAUUAGAGUGAAUUAUAGAAAACUGGUAGAUGAAUAUAGCAGCAGUUGUGAUAGUUUGAAGAUAAUGCCUGCCUUGCCUGAUUUCUUUACGUAUUCAUGUAGACAUUGUGGACAAAGACAAACUUUACAGACUGAAGAACUUAAUUCGAUAGUCGGAAAUGCUUUUAAGAUGGCUUACGCGGCGCAGCUGCAGAAGCAAACGACUUUCCAAGAUGUGAUCGCGUCCCAAACGCAACAAGAUAAAGUAGUUUGGACAAAAGAUUUCACGUCCGGUUUAAAGAAAGAAAAACCAUCGGCACCACCGCAGACGUUACCGAAAGAAGCGAAUCUUUCCGAAAUGGACGUUCAAUUAUCAGACGCUUCGACGUUACGACUCUCGCCGCCAUCUUCAAUACCGGGCCUGAAAACCGCCCAAAAAAAUAAAUUCGUGGUUAAUUCUCCAAAUGUCGAUAAAAAUAUUAAUUCCCAAUUAUCGACGCCGAGUAGCGAUGAAAGCAAUUCGCCUACCGAAAUGAAUUCUUACAAGAGAAUGGCCGAGAAACCUCCCUUGAUAAAAAGGAUAGCAAUGGGGUUGACUGGGAAUAGUAAUAACCACAGCGAUGAAGAUAGCUGUCCAUUAGUUAACGAUAACACAUCUAGUAUUCCAGGUAGUCCAACAAAUCGACCUUUAUCCGGCGGAUACGUAAACGAAAGCGAAGAAUCAAAAAACAAAUCUAACAACACUGUAGAUAAUUUAAAAAACGAAAUCGAAAAUAAUUCGAAUUUAUCGAAACGUAUCGAUACCGAUACCACCGUCAAAAGCGAUUUUAAAUGCAAACGUAUGUCGCAACUAAGUUCGAGUAGUUCCAGUACGGGACCACCUAACGGUCAAGACUCUAACCUUAUAGGAUUUACUACACCAACACCUCCGCCAUUACCCGAAAGAACGGAUUCCCUAAACAACAAAGAAGAGGGGGAAUUAAGAUUAGCCCCGUGGUUUCAAGCCGGUAUCCCUAGGGAAAUAGCUCUGGAGAUUUUAGGACAGGAACCAGUCGGGGCGUUCAUGGUUAGAGAGAGUACCAGUAAACCGGGAUGUUUUGCGUUAUCGUUGCGAGUACCGAGGAGUUUUCAACCGACUGGUAUCGCGCAUUACUUAAUCGUGAGGGCUAAUAAAGGCUACAAAAUUAAGGGCUUCACGAAGGAAUUCACCUCGUUGACUUCUUUGAUAACGCAUCAUUCGGUUAUGCCGGAAUUGCUUCCGUGUCCGUUAUCUUUGAGUCGAUAUCAUCCCAGUUUUGUGAAAUCGGAUUCAAAACGGGAUUUCGCCGAUAUCGAUUUGGAUCCGGAUUAUAAUACUCUCGCCGAUUUUAGAAAAAUGAUGGCGGAUUUGAACGUGUAGUGACAAAUCAAAAUACACUAAAAAAAUUGUUAAAAAAAACGACUGAUAGUUGUAGAGGACUAUACUUUUCCCAGUGUAUUAACUAGUCCGUGUUUAUUGCAGUGAUUGUGUGAUUGAAAAGACGCAGUUUUUUGUGUAACAUGUGAUAUAUUUUUCGAAAAAAACUUUUUUUUUAAACGAAAAACCUAACACGAACUGUAUUAUUCUAACUAUGGACUAAUAUUUAUAUUUUUUUAUACUAACUCAUUUUUUUAUAUUACAGAUGCCAUUAUUAACAACUACAAAGUUUUCUUCUUUUCAAACUGAUAUUAAUUGAGCCAUUCGUUAGUAGAUGACGCUGUGAAGUUGUUUUCCAUCAUUACAGAUUAUUACAUUUUCCUCUGGAGUGUAGAGAAGGAGGAACAUCUCUGGGUUAAAAAAUGUGAGCUGAUUUUUGAUGGGAAAAUAGGUGGCGCUGAUUAUAGAGGGUAUUCGCUUGAAUUUUACGCGCUGAUUUGAAAAUAACUGUAUAGUAAUGCUUUAAAUAAUGCACCGUGAUAAUGAAAUUAGUAGUAUUGAAAUAAUGAAACGAUUAACAAAACAGAAUCUCGUUAAAUUAACUUUAUUAUUUAGCUAUUUAUUUGGUUUAGAUAAUACAUAUAUUCUAAUAUGAAAAAAAAGUAGAAUCAUGUAACAAUAAUGAAAUAGUAUAAAAAAAACAUUUUGGUUGAUUAAAAUAAAAUAUUGAAUUUUAUCCGUAACUAAUAUAAUAAUUAUAGCGAUAUAAUUAGAUCAAUAAAAAUAAUAGAAUAAUAAAAAAAAUAUUUCGGUUCAUAAAAAUAAAAUAUUGAACUUCAUUAGCAACUAAUAUAAUAGUUAAAGUCAUAUAAAAAUAUCAAUAAGAAUAAUAAAAUAAUUGAAAAUAAAACAUUUUGGUUCAUAGAAAUAAAAUAUUGAACUCUAUCCUCAACAAAUAUAAUAAUUAUAGUUUUGUUAAAAUAUCAUUGGUAAUUAGCUUAUGCAAGCAGGUACAGAAAUGUAUCAAGUUCUUAAUAAAAAAUAAAAAUCUAAUAAGAUAUUAAGGAUUGCACAGCUUUUCACAUGAAUAUAAUCAAACGUCAGUCACAACUUUGAUAAUUUCUUAUACAUUUUACUUUUUUUUUCUAUAUACUCCUUGUUCAAUGUUUUGGCCAAGAAAUGUCCUCUCAUGGUUAAAUAAUAAAUAAUAAUCUCUCUUGUUAACAAUAGAGAAUGUUCGUGGCAACCAAUUUUGGGCAAUUGAAUUUGAGUAAUUCGAUCAAAAAUCAUUUGUAUAGUAUUCCCUUUUUCCCAACAACAUCCAAAACUGUAUUUUCUAACCGGCGAGUUAAUUCAAACAAUCCCUGACUGGGAUAUGCUAGGCCGCCAUACAAGGACAGUUCGUUGAUUAAUUCAUUUUGUUGAUUCUCUUCUACCGAUCCAGCCGAAGAUAAAGAAUCAAAACAAUUUUUGCAGAAUUCGUAUUUUUUUUUCAUUUUACGAGACACAUAGCCAGCCAAAUAUGCUAAUACUUGUUCACUAGUAUAAGUUACAUUAUAGUCAUGAUCUAUGAGCUUGUCUUCAUUCUCUCAUACAGUCUUAGGUAAAUCAAUUUGGUUCAAAUCUUUGGAGUUAUCAUUAUCACUUGCUUCUUUUUGACCCUGUUCAUUUCCAAACAUAAGAACCUGGUCACCUGGCAAAGCACAAUUUUUCAAAGCUUCAACGAGUUUAAGAAUCCACUCUUCAUGAGUUUUUUUUGAAGCUUUAAUAGUGUCUUUAUUCUGAAUAAAACUUUGAAGCAAUUCAACCCCGGUCACAUUGCUACCUUUAGGUGGUCGAAUUAGCGAAAACAGACAGAAUAAUCUGAAAAACUGAAAAAACAAUUUCGCGUCUGGGUGCUCGUUAGAUCCACAGUUGUACCUCAUUAUUGAAAAAAGUUGCUGAAAUUGAAAUAGAUACAAAUAUAAUAAAUACAAUACAAAUUACAAUAUUUCUAAGUAAUUGCAAAAUCUUUAUUACCUCCAGAUAAUCCUGUGAUAGACGAGAUGUCAUAAAGUACUCAAAGCCACACUCAUUAUGCAUCAUAUCAGUUAUUUCAAGUGUUGAAUCUAGUGUUACUUUAAAACCCACUAAUGUACUUUCAGAAAAAGGCAUAGAAUCCCCUAAAAUUUCCAUACCAGACUCCCAUUCUUCCAAAAAAUCUAAAAAAUCUGUUAUAGCCUGCGAAUUAAUAAUAUAUAUUAGUUUAUAUUCACGAAAUGAAAAAAUUUCAAGUCUAUACUUUACCUCGUUUCUUCAAUUCAUGUUCCUUCACAAACGGGUGUUCGCUUCACCAUUAUAAAACAAUUACUAUUACUUCAAAUACAAAUUGAUGAUUAAAAAUAAUUACGACCGUAAAGCUGGAGUUAUAAAGAACAUAUAGUUACCAUUACUGAAAAAUCAUCUUGUAUAAAAACGCGAAGUUUUUCGGUUUCCCUAAAGGGAUCAGUAUAAACAAGUACUAAUUGGUUAUCAUGAAGUAUAUAAUACCAAUACUCAGGCAUCACACUCAAAAAAGAGUCCAACAAUUCCUUAAUAUUCUUAGGAGUCUGGAAAAAAAUUAAGGAUCUGUAAAAAAUUUUGGUAUAUACUUAAAUCAUGAACCUACUGAUAUUUCAAGCUUUAACUAACAUUGUUUGAAUCGAUUUCAUUUAAAAAAAACUUGUUCUGCAUCAAAUCUUGUCUCUACAUUUUUAACAGCAAUUUGCAUCUUGUCUACUGGUUGAUCAGGUAUACUAUUUAAUGAUGUUUUAUGUGAAAUAAAUUGUGGAUAUUUAUCGUCAGAACUUGCAGUUUUUCGGAUUUUUAUCAGCGAAGGCGAGAUCUUUUCGAUUGAUGUUGACGCUGGUUUUUUUCUAAUGUUAAUACGAUUGUCCAACUGUUGAAAAGGCUUUCGCACAUUGAUGGUUGGCUUCUACGAAAUAUUUAUUAAAAUUAAUUAAAAUUAAAUUACUGCUUAGUUUUUACUUUACCUUUGAAAAUUUAUCGUCAUUUAUUAUUUUAACCGUUUGAUAGUGCAGGUUUUCUUGAUUUUCUGAAAGCUACAUUUAAAAUUAGUACAAAUUUUGUAAUAUCUUUGAAAGUCAAUGAACUUUUCUAUAAAACUUUACUUCAAUAUCAUAUUGUUUUGGCUGUAGGUUAACUGGUACAGCAUUUGGCAAUAGGGUCUCCAUCGUUUCAAUUCAUAUUCUUUGAUUAUUCCACCUGAAUAAUCAAUCUUCCGCGAUUUCACAAUAUCUUCUUUAAAAUGAUAAUCGCAGAUACAAUGAUGUUUCGCUAAAGUCAUGUUCAAAAUAGAAGACCAUUGUGCUAGCAGCGUAGCGUCCUAUAAAAUAAAUUUAAUGAUUUUGAAUUAACGUCACUGUGUUACUUAUUAUUUUUCAAAUUUAAUGAGAAAUCAAUGUUAAUCAACAAAUAUUUUGGGAACAUGGAUAAAUAAUUAUUGAUUUUCCUCGAAUAAAUUUUGCUUUCUAACAGAUUCAAACAUGACUUACCUUUGGUAUUCCAAAGAGAUUUGCUUGUUUUAUAUUUUGAGAUGAACGAAUUCCACGAUCUUUUAAAGAACCACUUAUACAUCCAGAAAUACAACAAGUUUUCACCAUGAUUUUUUGUAUUCUUUUUUUACUAUUUUUUUAAUAUUUUUAAACGUUUAAUUCUUUUCACCACCUACAUAAUAUUCUGUUUUCGUUAGUUUAUAGAAUCUGAAGCUAGUUUCAGAUAUAGUAAGUGUCUAACUUCAGAUCUCAAUCCCAUAGUACAAUCAGCGCCACGUAUUAUCCAUACAGAAUUCAGACCAUAUUUUAAACGUACCGUCCAUAAGAGAUGUUCCUCCUUCUCUACACUCCAUACAUUUUCCGAUAAAAAACAGGUAUAUUUUUAAAAGCGCCAUCUACAUUUAUUUAUUCAAAAUAUAUAAUAUACAUGGUGUGUUCGAAAAAUUCAUAAUUUUCAAUAAAUUGGAAAAAUUAUUGUUGAUUUUACUUUUUUAUUUUCUAUUAAGUGAUUUGUUGGACCAAUGAAUAAUUUGUUGAUAAUCGUUGUAAAAAUUUAAUAUGAAACCCUAGUCUUAACAAGUGCGUAAAAUUUUUGUAAAUAUAUCUAAUAUAUAUAUGACAGAUUUUUUCGAAUUUUCGAUAUAUUUUUACGAAAUAAUUGUUAAAAGUCAAUUGUUGUAAACCUAAUUUGUAAAUUGUUAACGUAAUAAUAAAUAAAUUAAUCA